GUUUACGUUUUCUUCCACCGUCUUGCUUCCCAGCCCUCGUCCCUCGCAAAUCGCAAUCAAAUCCGCUCGGAUGGAGAGGAGAGCCCACGAGGGGAAACGGUGGAAAGCCCUAGUUUUGAUGUGAUCCUUAGUCGUGGAUCCACAGGAGAUUCUGAAUCGGUGCUGGUGAUUCUGUUCUUCGUCCGCUAUGGCGGAAUUAGGGCAACAGACGGUGGAGUUCUCCUCUCUGGUCAGUCGAGCCGCAGAGGAAUCGUACUUGUCGCUCAAGGAACUAGUGGAGAAGUCCAAGUCGACGGAGCUGUCGGAUACGGACAAGAAGAUUAGCCUCCUCAAAUACAUCGUCAAGACCCAGCAGCGGAUGCUCCGGCUCAAUGUGCUCGCCAAGUGGUGCAAGCAGGUUCCGCUGAUAAAAUAUUGCCAGGAGCUUGGGAGCACAUUAUCAGCUCAUGAUAUUUGCUUCACACAAGCAGCAGAUUCACUGUUUUUUAUGCAUGAAGGCCUCCAACAAGCCCGUGCUCCUGUAUAUGAUAUUUCAUCUGCUGCCGAGGUUUUACUAACAGGAUCUUAUCAGAGAUUGCCAAAAUGUAUAGAAGAUGUUGGCAUGCAGAGCUCAUUGGAUGAGCAUCAGCAGAAACCAGCUCUAGAAAAGUUGGACGCACUUGUUCGUUCCAAAUUACUUGAAAUUACACUUCCUAAUGAAAUAACGGAGGUGAAAGUUUCCAAAGGUACAGCUACGCUAUGUCUCGAUGGGGAGUUUAAGGUUCUUGUUACUCUUGGUUACCGGGGUCACUUGUCAAUGUGGAGGAUAUUGCAUCUAGAUUUGCUUGUUGGUGAAAGAAGCGGACCCAUUAAUCUCGAAGUGGCGAGGCGGCAUGCCCUUGGAGAUUAUUUAGAGCGUAGAAUGUCAGUGGCAGAAAACCCAUUUACAAUAUUGUAUUCAGUACUCCAUGAACUUUGUGUUGCAAUUGUCAUGGACACUGUCAUAAGGCAGGUCCAAGCUCUUCGGCAGGGAAGAUGGAAAGAUGCAAUUCGCUUUGAGUUAAUUUCUGACGCUGGCAUCACACAAUUGAAUCAAGAAGGAGAGGUCGAUUCUGUUGGUCUUCGAACCCCGGGAGUGAAACUUAUGUACUGGUUGGAUUCUGAUAAAAACGCUGGUUCAUUCAUCAAAAUUGAACCAGGAUCAGAUCUCCAGAUUAAGUGUCUUCAUAGCUCAUUUGUAAUCGACCCAUUAACUGGCAAGGAGGCUGAGUUUUCACUAGAUCAGAGCUGUAUUGAUUUGGAAAAGCUUCUGCGUAAAGCUAUAUGUUGUAACAGAUAUACUCGUCUUCUUCAAAUUCAGAAAGAGCUUCAGAAUAAUGUUCGAAUCUCUCGUGUUUCCAGUGAUGUCAUUCUUCAAUCCCUCCUGGAUAUGCCUGGUGUUGAGACUGAAAAGGGAGUCAAGAAGGUAGACACGAAGGAAGGAAUGGAGCCAGAAGUCCUGCGUGUCCGUGCCUAUGGUUCAUCGUUUUUUACGCUUGGGGUAAAUAUAAGGACUGGUCGAUUUCUUCUUCAGUCAUCCAAGAGUAUCUUGACUGCCUCCAUUUUGGAGGAAUAUGAAGCUGCUUUAAAUCAAGGGAGUAUAUCUGCAGUGGAAGCCUUUAUCAACUUGAGAAGCAAAAGCAUUUUGCAUCUUUUUGCUGCUGUUGGCAAGUUUUUGGGUCUUGAGGUCUAUGGACAGGAUUUUGCUGCAAGCAAAGUUCCUAAGACCCUCGUGGAUGGUUCAAGCGUCUUGAUAUUGGGAUUCCCUGAUUGUGGAAGUUCUCAUCUCUUGCUUAUGGAGCUGGAUAAAGAUUUUACACCAGAUUUCAAAUUGGUGGAAACCCAGAUGGAUACUUGUGAAAAACCUCAGUCUUUCAAUGAUCUGACCAACAUUUUGCGGGAAAAGAAAAUUGAUGUGGGGCAGAUGUGGAUUCUUGAAGAUGAACUUAACUCAAUCACACCUGAUGUGGCUAGAUUUCUUUCUUCAUUUCCAGGCGUCAAGGGCAUAAAUAAAACUUCUGGACAUGAUCCCCUUGGAUUAGGUGUCGGGGGUUUGCCGGAAAUGAGUGGAAGUCCAUUGAAUUUCUCUAGUAUCAUAGAUGAAGUUUUUGGACUUGAAAAAUGGGCAUCUGUACAUUCUUUACAUGAUCAGCAUGGUCCACUCCCCAAGAACCUCCCCUCUAUUAACAGCACUGGGGUAGUGCCUUUGGUGACUAGCUAUAGUAAUGGGUCCUUGUAUGACCUGCAGGAUCCUGUGCAAUCUGGUUCUUUUAAUUCCCUAUCAGCUUCCCCUGGGAAGGCUCCUGUUAUGAAGAAGCUUGUUAUUUCUACCUCUGACCAGGAUUUAGCUUCCCUUAGAUUUCCUAAAUUGGUGGAGGGUUGCACAGAGGAAGGAGACCAAACAAAAUUGAUUGAGGGUUGCACAUCUAGACUAUUGUCUCCACCUAUGUCCACUGGUGCCCGAGUCUCUGCCUCAGGUGGCAAACUGGUCUCGGGACCUUCGAGGAUCACUGAAUCAGGUUCACUGCUCUCAUCGCCUCUCGUAUCACAAACAUCAGAUGAUCAUUUAUUGAGAAAAGAUCAGAAGUCACGGAAAGGUGCAGCAUCAGCCAAUUUGCUAAGCUUGAUCCCGUCUCUUCAAGGAGUGGAAGCUGUUUCUGGUCCUGCCAACAAGAGAAGAAAAACCUCUGAAUUGGAACAGAGCUUGUCCGUUUCGCUGCAGAAAUUUUCAUCUACUGCAACAACCACAAAAAUCUCUGGAUGCAGUUAUUGGAGUCUCAUAGCUGAAGCGAACAAGGGAAAUGCACCCUCCAGCAUUUUUGUCUAUACCCUUCUCCACGUGGUCAGGCAUUCUUCAUUGUCCAUAAUGCAUGCCAAACUAACUAGCCAGAUGGAAGCAAUGGAUAUCCAAUAUGUCGAGGAAAUGGAUCUGAGAAAUGCAUCAUCGAAUAUAUGGUUCCGUCUACCAUUUGCUCAAAGUGAUUCAUGGCAACAAAUAUGCUUGCAGCUCGGUGGGCCAGGAAGCAUGCGUUGGGAUGUGAAAAUAAAUGACCAACACUUCAGGGAUCUUUGGGAACUUCAGAAGGGAAGUAAAAACACACCAUGGGGAUCCGGAGUUCGCAUAGAAAACUCCUCUUAUGUGGAUUUUCAUAUCAGUUAUGAUCCCGAAGGUGUUGUUCUGAGUUAUCAAUCUGUGGAAGCCGACAGUAUUAAGAAGCUUGUGGCUGACAUCCAGCGGCUUUCAAAUGCUAGAAUGUUUGCCCUUGGCAUGCGUAAAUUGCUUGGCAUAAGGCCAGAUGACAAAACAGAAGGGUUCAGUAAGGGACCAUCUGUAGGAAAAGGCUCUACUGAGCCAGCCGAGAGAUUAUCUGAGCAGAUGAGGAGGGCUUUCAAGAUUGAAGCAGUGGGAUUAACAAGUUUGUGGUUUAGUUUUGGGUCAGGCCUCUUAGCUCGUUUUGUUGUUGAGUGGGACUCGGGUAAAGAUGGAUGCACUAUGCAUGUUUCUCCCGAUCAACUGUGGCCCCAUACAAAGUUCUUGGAGGAUUUCAUAAAUGGAACAGAAGUUGCAUCUCUUCUUGACUGCAUUCGACUUACCGCUGGGCCGUUGCAUGCGCUAGCAGCUGCCACUCGCCCUGCUCGGGCUGGGCCUGCCUCAGGGGCAGCUCCAGUUGUGACUGCAGCCAUUCCUUCCAUUUCACGACAGUCGAAUCAGAUGCAACAAACUCAAGGGGGUUCCACCGCAAGUUCCGCUUCCCCUAAUGUGGGGCCAACAACUUCAUCGACUUCAGCAAAUGCUAUUGCUCCUGGUUCAGGCCCUCUCGGGGGAAGUUCUAGCCUUCAUGGUGCUGCCAUGUUAACAUCUGUAGGGCAAAGUGGACCUGGAAUCGUUCCAAGCUCUCUCUUGCCCAUUGAUGUCUCCGUAGUACUUCGUGGACCGUACUGGGUGAGGAUCAUAUACCGAAAACGAUUUGCAGUGGACAUGAGGUGUUUUGCUGGAGAUCAGGUCUGGCUGCAACCAGCAACACCACCAAAGGGCGGUGCUUCUAUUGGGGGUUCCUUGCCAUGUCCCCAAUUCAGACCUUUCAUCAUGGAGCAUGUCGCUCAAGAAUUAAAUGGAUUAGAACCAAAUUUGAGUGGUAACCAACAGGCUUCUGGAGCAGCAAAUGCAAAUGCAAAUGGUGCAAACCCAAGUUCAGCUACGCAGUUAGCAACAGCUAGUGGGAACAGAGCAAAUCUCCCAGCCACUACUGCCAUGUCAAGGGCAGCUCACCAGACAGCUGCUUUUAACCGUGUUGGUGUUGUUGCUUCCCCAUCUUCUGCAUUGAACGUAAUUGGCUUGGGAUUGCCUGUGCGGAGAUCUCCCGGUAACGCAGUGCCGGCACAUGUAAGAGGUGAACUAAAUACGGCAAUUAUCGGUCUCGGAGAUGAUGGUGGUUAUGGAGGGGGGUGGGUUCCUCUUGUGGCUCUUAAAAAGGUUUUAAGGGGUAUCCUCAAAUAUCUUGGAGUGCUUUGGUUAUUUGCCCAGUUACCGGACCUCUUGAGAGAGAUCUUAGGUUCAAUUUUGAAGGAGAAUGAAGGUGCUCUCUUGAAUUUGGAUCAAGAACAACCUGCGCUGCGCUUCUUUGUCGGUGGCUAUGUCUUUGCAGUGAGUGUCCAUAGAGUUCAGCUUCUUCUUCAAGUCCUCAGUGUGAAGCGUUUCCAUCACCAGCAGCAGCAGCAGCAGCAGCAAAAUGCUUCGACUGCUCAAGAGGAGUUAACCCAAUCUGAGAUCGGAGAAAUAUGCGAUUACUUUAGCCGCCGUGUUGCAUCAGAGCCUUAUGAUGCUUCGAGGGUUGCCUCUUUCAUAACCCUCCUCACGUUACCCAUUCCGGUCUUGAGGGAGUUUCUGAGACUGAUUGCAUGGAAGAAGGGUUUGUCCCAAACACAAGCUGGAGAUAUCGCUCCUGGACAGAGACCACGCAUCGAACUAUGUCUUGAGAAUCAUUCUGGUAUGGACAUAGACAACAAUGGUGGUUCCGCAACUAAGAGCAAUAUCCAUUAUGAUCGGCCUCGUAAUUCAGUUGACUUUGCAUUGACUGUUGUUCUUGACCCGGCUCAUAUACCUCAUAUAAACGCUGCUGGAGGAGCCGCAUGGUUGCCUUACUGUGUCUCAGUCAGGUUAAGGUAUUUGUUUGGUGAAAAUCCCAGCGUGACAUUUCUUGGGAUGGAAGGAAGCCAUGGAGGUCGGGCAUGUUGGCAACGGGUCGAGGACUGGGAGAAAUGUAGGCAAAGAGUGGCACGCACCGUCGAAGUUAACGGUUCUUCUGCAGGGGACAUGGCGCAGGGGAAACUGAGAAUGGUUGCAGACAGCGUCCAUAGAGCUUUGCAGCUGUGCCUCCAAGGUUUGAGAGACGGAAACUCAUCAGGAAACCCUAGCUAACAUCGGUUCCUCGAGCUUAUUAGAGGAGGGUUGAUAUGCAGAGAUUUCCUGGUGUAUUACAGUCUUUGCAACGACCCGAGGGUUGAUAUUGCAGAGAUUAGUGAGGAAGAUACUGUGACAAAACUGAACCCGGAACAGUGUUUGCUGCUACAGAGCUUAUUCUUCUCCAAAUCUUCCAAGUCUUGACCUAAAUAUGCAGGUCAGGGAGUUCUGCUUUAAGCUUUUCUCCAAAGUACAUAUACUGAAACUGGUUGUUCAUCAGUAAUUUAUUUCAGUUUUGAUUGUAACUCUAAUCUGUAGUUUUCAGGAUCUCUAGUCCAGAUUUUUUUUUUAGUAGGAUAACAUUCUUUGGUUUUUCCUUCUGAAUGAGAAAAAGGUUUUCGCCGUUCUCUUACUCA